GGAGCAAUCCAGAAAAUUUAACUCGCAAGAGACGUUCUGCGAAGAGGGGGACAGCUUGUACGAGGAGGGAGAGCGAAGUUUACGAUAAGCACUACGAUUCGCAUCGACCUGCGGCGACUGGAGUGUCCGUAGAUCACUGCAACUGCGACUCAACUGCGACUACUGCGAAUGCCUGCCGGAACCUUGGAGCGGAGCGGGUUCGCUUCAAGCAGCACGCUGGCGCGUGUUCGGAAACGGUAGGCUUGUCAAAGGGCGAUCAAAAGGAGGACGAGCACGAUCAUUUGGAGGAGUCAGUCGCUUCAGUUAGUUUAGAGAUGGGUUGCUGCGGUUGUGCGGACGAGCCUUCGUCCAAAGUGGAGCCUUCGCCCAAAGUGGAGCCUUCGUCCGAAAUGGAACCUACGGACUCCACGACACCUGAUAGUCCAAAGUCGCCAUCAAAUUUUUCAGAACAGGUAUUCGUGAAGAACCGAUCAUGCACCGAUUUUUUUGCUAUAAUCAUCCUACUCGUGCUGGCGGGUGGUUUUAUCUUCAUGAUGACGAAUGUGGUGAAGAAGGGUGACAUUUUCCGCAUGGUAAAUGGAUACGAUGAUUGCGGAAAUGUUUGUGGUCGUGUUACCUCGCACGAAAAUGAUCCGAAAUUCAAGUGUAAGGGUGCAGAUUACACCAACAAACCAUAUCUCGAGAUUGAUUUGGAAGUGACUGGAGUGAAAAAACGUACAUGCAUGGAGAGCUGUGUACAGGACGAGACCAAAAUAUUAUUCCUGAAUCGCUGUAUGAAUAAGAAAGCGACAGAAACUAUCAGCUCCAUAAUAAGGACCCUUCGGUUAGAAAGUAUUUACAAUGACGCAGUUACUGAUCUGGGAAUCGCAUGGCGUGAAUUGAUUUACCUUUUGCUUAUAGCUUUAGCACUUUCUCUCGGUAUCCUGGUAGCCUUCCGCUAUAUGGUACAAUAUGUCAUUUAUGUUGUAUUGAUCGGCGCAAUUUUGGCUUGCAUCGGUGGCACAACAUAUCUCUGGCUAGCGUGGUACCGUGAAAAAAAGAGCGUGGAAAGAGGCGAAAUCUAUCCGGAGGAUUCCAGCGAGGAACCCUACUUUAUCUACGCUAUUAUCAUGUCUGUUGUUUCUGUAAUUGUUCUUCUAGUGAUUCUAGUGAUGAGGAAAAGAAUCGAGCUGGUCAUGCAGAUUUUCCGAGAAGCGGGUAAAGCUGUGUAUUCGAUGCCAGCGCUGCUGUUUCAGCCGAUUUACACCUAUCUGCUGAUCGGGUCUACGGUAAUAGCAUGGGUCUACUGUAUGUUAUGGAUAGAGAGCGCCGGUGACAUUUACUUGAAUAGAAAAAAUCACAUUCAUUUCAAGAAAGAUGCGUUGCUUAUUGCAACAAGAUGGUACAAUCUAUUUUUAUUCUUCGUGGCGUGUGAAUUCUAUUUGGGUUGCCAGCAUAUGGUUGUUGCUUGCGCUGUUGCCCGAUGGUUCUUUACAAGGGAUAAAAGACGUCUCUCUUUACCAGUGGCAAAAGGUUUCGGAUAUCUUAUAAGAUAUCACUUGGGUACCGUAGCUUUCGGAGCUUUAAUAAUAGGUAUUGUUAGAGUUAUCAGAGCCAUGAUAGCUUUUGUCCAAAAGUCUCUGAAACGGUAUGACAACUCGUGCGUGAAAGGAAUUCUAUGGUGUUGUCAAUGUUGUCUUUGGUGUUUCGAGUGCGCUUUAAAAUUUCUCUCCAGAAAUGCUUACAUCGAAACAGCCAUAUACGGAUGCAACUUUUGCACCGCUGGAAGAAAGGCGUUUCAAGCCUUGUCAAGCAACAUUUUACGAGUAGCGGCAAUUAACAGCGUUGGCGAUUUCGUCCUUUUUUUGGGUAAAGUCCUCGUUGUCACUCUUACGAUCGUUUCGGGGAUAUAUUUGAUGCAGGUACAGAAAAAGGAGGGACUUAAUCAUCCUUGGAUACCAAUCACUCUCGCGGGAAUAUUCGCAUUCGUGGUUUCGCAUUGUUUCAUAUCAAUCUAUGAAAUGAUUAUUGACACAAUAUUUAUAUGCUUUUGCGAGGAUUGCGAGAAGAAUGACGGCAUCAACCGGCCUUAUUUUAUGAGCCGUGGUUUGAUGGAAUUCGUAGAGAACAGCAAAAAAGCUUUAAGGCAUUUGGAACAACAAGGUGCUGCAGCUACAUAAUAAGCGUUAAGAAUAGAUUUUUUUUAAAUAUAUCAUAGGUUUAAAAAUUCGAUGUUCGGCCAGUGCAACAAGCGAUAAACAAUGUAUGUUGGAGUUUUUCAUACAAUGUUAACGGAUGAUAUUGUAAUUAUUUAGUUCGUGAGUUAAGUUUGGACAAGUCUGUUGUAAUAUAUAGAUCUUUGAGAAAUAAUUGCAAGAUUACAGAAAUAGCUGCCUUUCGUAUACGCAUAAAUUGUCUUCUUUUAGCAUACAACACAGUUAUUGAAGUUCUAUACCAAGCGUGAUGCACACAAUCGGUUGUUUCGAUUAAUGGACUGACUACGUUAUGAGGAAUGUUACGAAUCAUUCUAUUUUCGAAGUUCCUAUUUCUAAAAAUAUUUUUAUAUAACAAGAUAGGUUUUUUCUACAUAAACUUAGACGCGACGUUCGCACAAUUGCGAAUACGCCAAUUUGGCAGCCUGAACUUAGACAUGUACUCUUUGUACUAUGAUUAGCGAACAAGUUAAUUUAUAAGACCUACUCUGCGUUUUAGAAUCUACAGCGUAAGUUUAUAUAUUGUUAUAUUGUUACAUAUGUACUUGUUCUUUAUAUGUGAUGUAAAUAUUUCUUUCUUUUUUAUGAAGA